UCAAUUGCAGAAAUUGAAGUUACGAGAAAUGGUUUUUCGUUCUCUAGCUGAGAAAGGUUAUCCCAAUUGAGUCGAUUAAUUUAUCAAUUUCUGGAGGAGAAACAGCAUCAAGAUGCCACCGAAGAAGGCACCCGCGCCGAGCAAGAAGACGGAGAUCAAGAAGAAGGAGAAGGUUAUCGAGGAUAAAACCUUCGGUCUGAAGAAUAAAAAAGGAGCGAAACAGCAGAAGUUCAUUCAGCAAGUGGAAAAACAGGUGAAGCCUGGGGCUCCACGGAAGGGAGAUGAUCCUCUUAAUAAGAAACUUGAGAAGGAGAAGAAGCUGCAGGAGGCGAAGGAACUGGCACUGCUUUUCAAACCAGUUCAAAGCCAGAAAGUUGAAAAAGGUACUGAUCCAAAGUCAGUGGUAUGCGCCUUCUUCAAACAGGGCCAGUGUUCCAAAGGCGACAAGUGCAAAUUCUCCCACGAUCUAACGAUCGAACGAAAAGCUGAGAAACGUUCUCUCUAUUGUGAUAUGCGAGAUGACGACAAGGAAGCUGACACUAUGGAUAAGUGGGAUGAGGAGAAGUUGGCUGAGGUCGUGGAGAAGAAGCAUGGAAGCGGUGGAAAUCGACCCACAACUGAUAUCAUCUGUAAGCACUUCCUAGCAGCUGUAGAACAAUCCAAAUACGGUUGGUUCUGGGAAUGUCCCUCAGGUCAAAAAUGCAUAUACCGUCAUGCCCUUCCCCCGGGUUUCGUCCUCAAGAAAGACAAGAAACAAGCCGACAAGAAGGACGAGAUUUCCCUGGAGGAUUUGAUCGAGAAAGAAAGAACCAAUCUCGGCCCCAACCAGACGAGAAUAACCCUGGAGACGUUCUUAGCCUGGAAAAAACGUAAACUAACCGAGAAAAAGGAGAAGGCGAUCAAGGACGAGGAGAAAAAGAGGAGUGAUUACAAAGCUGGACGGCAGGUGGGUAUAUCCGGACGUGAGAUGUUCUCGUUCAACCCUGAACUGGCGGCUGGGGAUGGAAUCGACGAUGGGGAUGAGGCCAUUGACAGUUAUCAGUUCCAUGAGGACGAUGAGGAGGGAGAGAAGAUUGAGUAUCGCGAGCUGGAUAUGGAGAGACUGGCUAUGGAGGCCAGUGAAUUGGACACCACGGGGAUCACUAUUGCUCAGGAGGACAGACUCAAGGGGUCCAAGGGGCCUGAAGUUAAUGGAGAUGCUUCUGUGACUGUAGUAGGAGAGGGUGCAGCAGCCCUGGCAAUAAACGAGAACCUCUUCACCGAGGACGACCUUGAGGGCUUGGAGGAAGAACUGGGGGACCUGGACAUGGAGGAGUGAUCCAGACCUCCCGUCAGCCAAUCUCCUCCCAACUGAGUCCUAUUACGUGCAUCCAGAUAAUCUACUGCCCGAAUACUCCCAAUUGUGGUUUAACAUCACGAUAACCUCCAUUCCCGUGGAUCAAUGAAUUAAACCCGUUAAUGAAAUUUUAUCUUCUCUCAUUCUGUUAAAAAGAUUGUGAAUCAACGAUUAAUUUUCGUGUACGAGAACUUCAAAUCUGCUAUUUAAAGUGACGUGAAAAAAUUGUGAAUUAAUUGAUGUUCCAUUAUCUUCGUUCAAUCACAUUUGAUGGGGUAAAAUAAACGAGAAAUAUUAAUUUUCAA